CAGAACAUUCAAAAACAGCAAUCUUCGUCUUUAUAAACAGAAAACAAAGGUGAAGGGCGGACAAAGUUGAAGAAAGAAUGGGCAAUGAGUUUGUUUAUUGCAGCUUCCUCGUCUUGCUUCUUGUCUGGCUUGCUCCUGGAAAUGUAGCAGCUUCUCACAUGGAGGAAGAUGAUGUUCGUGUUCUUCGACUCCCUGAGGGAAAAGAAGAUGGUCAUUCAUCAUCCCACAUGCGUAUGGGCAUGGCCAUGGGCAUGGAGGAGGAGGAUCUCCUGAACCCAGCGGCCAAGGUGUUCGCCACCAUAAAGGAUGUUGAGGUCGGAAAGACGAUGCCCAUCUAUUUCCCCUACAUAGAUGACCCAUCCUCUUAUCAGUUCCUCCCUAAACAGAAAACCCAUCACAUUCCUUUAUCAUCGGAGCAGCUACCGGAGCUGCUCCGGUUCUUCCCCUUCUCCCCUGAUUCUAACCAAGCCUUGGCAAUGAAACAAACACUGAAGAUCUGUGAGAUGGAAGCCCCCAAAGGAGAGGUACAGGGCUGUGUUACAUCUUUAGAAUCAAUGGUUGAUUUUGCAGAAAGUAUCUUCGGACCAGACUCGAAAGUCGGAGUAGUAAGAUCAUCUCUGAUAUCAAAAUCAACUCCUCUUCUCCAGAACUAUACUGUUGUUGAAUCCAAAGAGAUUUCAACUGGAAAGCUCAUAGCAUGCCACAAUGAACCCUAUCCAUAUGCAGUUUACUAUUGUCAUUUCCAAUGGGGCACUGUAAACAAAGUGUUCAUGGUUUCUCUUGUCGGUGAGAACGGUGAUGAGGUAAAUGCAGUGUUCCUUUGUCACAUGGAUACAUCUUCAUGGAGCGCCGGUCAUAUCGGAUUCCGUCUUCUCCGGCUGAAGCCGGGGGAGUCCGAGAUCUGCCACUUCUUUCCGGCGUAUGACAUGGUUGUGGUUCCUUAGUAACUUUCUAAUGGAGCAAAGAUAAUAAAUCACCAUUUU